AGGGAAACUUUUGAAAAGCCUUUUCAAAAUUUGGAGUAAGGCACUGAGGCGAGCGCGGGUGGCGGCCGGCAGCGAGGAAGGCUACUGUUAGGAUCAUCUCGCUACAAAAUCGGGUUCCCGAGAUGGAGGGGAAGGCGGUAGCCGUCGGUUGCGGUGGCGCCCGCGUCGAUCCGGCGGAUGAUCUCAAGUACAUCUCCGGGCUGAGCACCAUUCUCGUGGCCACCAUCCAGGAAGUGAAGGACCAGGUCUCCCAGAUGGAGUUCAUCUUCUGCAGCCAGCUCUUCCCGCACAUCCAGGCCAAGUCGAAGCUUGUCCAGGCGCAUCUCGCCGACACGAUGAAGGCCAGUGAGGUUGAGUGGAGGAAGACGGAGGCUGGCCUGGUGAAGCAGCUGGAGGAGGUCAGCCGUGGUAAGAUGCUCGCGGAGGAGAGAUUGCUGCAACUGGGCACCUCUCUUGAGGAGAUGAAGAGGAAGCUUGUGGAUUCGGAGCAAUUGGCUGCGAGGCAUGAGGCGGAGAAGAAACAGCUUCUGGGGAGGUUGGAGGAUGAAACGAGGAAAGGUGAGGUGGUACGUCAGCUCCAAAGGGAGAUUGAGGAGAAGGACGCUGAGGUGGUCAGGGAGAGAGAGGCACAUCAGCGGCUGCUGCAGGAAUUUGAGCAAUUGGCUGCGAGGCAUGAAUCUGAGAAGAAACAGCUUCUGGGGAGGUUGGAGGAUGAGAUGGGGAAUGGUGAGGUGGUACGUCAGCUCCAGAGGGAGAUUGAGGAGAAGGCCGCUGAGGUGGUCAGGGAGAGAGAGGCACACCAGCGGCUGCAGCAGCAGGUUGACCUGAAGGAUAAGAAUCUGCUUCUGGAGCAGAGCAAGCGGAGGGACUUGAUUGAGGAUUACACUCAGCUGAAGACAAACUACAAGCAUUUGAAGUCUCAGUACACCUUUCUUCUUGGGAAGAUUGACCAGCAUGAAGGCUCCAAGCCUCCUGAGGACAUUCCUGCAGAUAGAAGAAACACUGAAAGUCCUCCAAGUAAGAGGAAAUUCAAAGAUUUGGAGCACACAAACAAGGAGCGCAUCCAAAUCCUUCCCAACACAAGGGACCUGAAGAAUGACUCUGCUCCAGGUGCCAAAGCCCAAGCUGCCCAACAUGCUAGUUCAGUCAGGAGUCCAAUCAGAAACUCACACCUUGCCGUGCCAUCUCGCCCAAUGAAUCCAUUGGCAAAUCAUUCUGCCAACAAUUCAAAACUACAAGCUUCAACCAGUGUCGCCAGCCCAUGUCUAAAUUGGAGGGAGACCCGUGCACGCAAAGAACAAGGUGUUGCUGAUCCACACGAUGAUUUCCUUGAUACACCUCUGGAAGCUGUCAAGAAUACCAUCAGGAACCCUGCAACUCCCGAAGAAGCACUGGCACUUGCCGCCUCUCCUCAAGUUAUGGAUUUCGACAAUUCAGAUGAUGAAACCCAAGAUCUGAAUAUUGCAACUCAAGCCCUCCGGCACAUCCCCAAUAUGCCAGUUACCAAGCAGCAAAACACAAUAUCGGUACAUCCACCAAAGAAAGACUUCAAAUAUAGAGAAUCAGUGAGAAAGAAAGCUGACCGGGAGAACCUGAAAGGUGUCGAGUGCAAGCAAUGCAAGAAGUUUUAUGAUGCUGUUCUUCCUGGUGGUCGUGCAGAUGGCGAUGGUGCAGGCUCUACAAGCUUACGAUGUGAGCACCACGAUGGUGUGUCAAGGCAUCGGUACAGGUACGCGCCGCCUCUGACGCCGGAAGGGUUUUGGAACAUUGGUUUCGAAUCAGAAAUGUAGCACUACAUCAAGUAGCAGGAAACCUUCAGUGUCCUCGGUCACCCCAAGAUAUUGUAGCAAUGACUAAGACAAGUUGCAUGUCGCUGCUCAAGUUGCAGAAAUAGUCAUUCUGUGAUUAAGGUUGAUGGUAGGCAGUAGCUACUGUGAAUAUGUUGGAGAUAGAAAGCACUGUCAGCUAUUUACCUUUUUGUGGAUUACAUCAAGUUGAUCAUUUUGUAGCGAACCACCUUUAACAUACCAUUGGAAAGCAAUUCUUUUUUAUAGAAAGGAGACAUCUGAAUAACAGCUUACAAUCAA